GCUGUGUCUGUGUGAGAACUGUAGGCAGUGCUGUCGGGCUCUGCGGAGCGCGAGCUGACUCGCGGCUGAUGCUGCUGUUGCUGUGAAGCGCAGGGAUGCGAGGCACGCGCCGUAUACGCAAAGAGAGAAGAGACAGACAGGUCUCCUGACAACGUUAAAAAAAACAGGACACCUCCUCUCUGACCUGAUUCACCGCCUGUUUAGAAGAGGAGGCGAGUAGCUGGUACUAUGUGGCCGCGUUGUGGGUGCGCGCUUGCGGCUCUGAGCGCGCGACGAUGUAAAGAGGCAGCGCGCGCGGAUUCUGCGGCAACUGUGAUAUGGAAUAACUGGGACUGUGAAACUAAGCGGGGCAUGAAAAACCACACUGACCACUGAUCAAAUAAUCAACCAGACAAUCAUUUGAAGACGUAGGCUAUUCAUUGUGUGCGUCUCCAGGCGUUCCGUUCUUCGAUCGAUUUCCACAGUGGAAGAGACAGAGCAUUUGAAUGCGAAUUCACACUCAAGGGGUGCUCACGGUGCAAGUGAUUUCGUACUUUCUGCAUUGCUCAGUUCAAGCUUCUAGAAAGCCCUUACAGUCAGUCUGUGAGUGAGGCCUGAGUCAGGAGUGAAUCAGCACUGCUUUUGAUUGACGGACAGCUUGGUGGGAAACAAGGCCUCAGGAGAGCGAGAGUCAGAUAACAGUAGUGAAAGCAUCGCCACGGCAAUAUCAUCUUUCAGUCUUCACUGCCACUCGUCUUUCACAACAUGGCCUCUGCAGUAGCACCAUUCUCCUCUGUCACUAUCUCUUUGGGGAUGUAGAAAGACACAGGAUACACAGACACAUUCCUGCAUGCUGCUACAGAGGAAAGCUUGGGAAGUGUCUUCAGACUUUAAGGUCCCUAACAGAUGGACAAACUGUACUGUCAUCAUUACAACUACUGUUACCUGGUAUGGGAAUCGUUUUAAUGUUUCAAAGGGACUCGUAGGACAAUAGAAGUUAUAGGAAGGUGCUGUCUCUGAUUUUAUAUGUUCCUGUGUAACAUCGAAGGCCAAUGCGUGUGGCUCGAGAGCCCAUCAUGGCCAAACCGCUGCUGAAGAUCCAUCGCUAUUUCCGGCGUAAACCGGUACGCUUUUUCUCUUUUAUCCUCCUCUACCUCACUGCUGGCAGUCUUGUUUUCCUCCACUCCGGAUUCUCCAGCAACACUUCCACCACUGGAGCUUCUGGAAGCGGCCGUGACCCACUUAUAUCUGAAGGUGGGGCCAGCACAGGUGGUGGGAGCUCUACCGCUGAGGGUCUCGGGCUCCUAAGAAGGGUAUUUAAGGAGACACGGAGAGCCCCCCGGAGAUUUAGACCCCCGUGGAGGAAGGAAAAUGGGGCACAGCAUGUACCGGAGUGGGCCGGAAGAGGAGUCGAACAUACUAGCAGCUGGAGCCAUGGAGCCAAAGGAAAAACCACCAAGGAGAUGGAUAACGGGAGAGGUAGGAACAGUUCCAUUACCAUUUCACCGGGAUUUAACAUCUGA